AUGAAAGAUGAAAAUUCCAAGAACAGCAAGCUCUCGUGGUCAAAGAAACUGGUCAGAAAAUGGUUCAAUAGCAAGUGUAAAAGUGUAGAAACACAAGCCCAUGAUGUUGUUUAUGGAGGAGGUGAUAGGAGAUGGAGGAGCAGCUUCUCUGAGAGAGAACCAUGUACAAUCAAGAAAACGAAAACAGAAAAUCCAGCUAAAGGUAUGGAGCGAUCAUUAUCUCGUUCGCGCUCUCGUUCGAGGCGAGGCAGAGCUUAUCUUGAUGACCCCCAGAUUCUAAACAUCCAGAAUUACAGCAUCUUUGUAUCAACGUGGAACGUCGGGGGAAAAUCACCUCCGUGCAACAUGAAUUUAGACGAUUGGCUCCACUCGGCUCCUCCAGCUGACAUAUACCUUCUCGGUUUUCAAGAAAUAGUUCCCCUAAACGCCGGCAACAUCCUAGGCGCGGAGGACAAUGGGCCCGCCAAGAAGUGGCUUUCCCUAAUCAAACGAACGCUAAACAACAACUCGACCCAGCACACACCCUCGCCAGUCCCUGACCCAGUGGCCGAGUGGAAUGCCGAUUUCGAGGGAUCGAGCAGUCACAAAGCCUCGGCCUUCAUGCACCGGCGCUCGUUUCAGACCCCACACCACUGGGGUUCGGACACCAACGAAGCUCGCCUCGAGAGGCGACUCAGCGUUUGUGACCGCGUGAUUUUUGGCCACAGGCAGAGUUACUGCCGGCCGAGCGACUGCUCUUCGAGCCACAGGCCGAGCGACUACUCGUCGAGCCGGAGGCCGAGUGAUUACUCGAGAUGGGGCUCGGAAGAGGAUUAUGGCCCUCCAGAGGACUCUCCGAGUGCAAUGCAGCAUGUGGACAAUGGUUGUGUGGGGUCCGAAUGGUCUGAAUACUCUCUGGUCGCAAGGAAGCAAAUGGUUGGGAUUUUCUUGACUGUGUGGGUUCGGGGUGAACUGAGGGAGCAUGUUCGGAACAUUAAGAUUUCGUGUGUAGGCCGUGGGCUUAUGGGUUAUCUUGGUAAUAAGGGUUCGAUUUCGAUCAGCAUGUUGCUGCACGAGACGAGCCUGUGCUUUGUGUGCAGCCACCUGACGUCGGGUCAAAAGGAUGGGGACGAGCUACGUAGAAAUGCCGAUGUUCAGGAGAUACUGAAGAACACGAGAUUUCCACGGGUUAACGGCGCGAAUGAUGAAAAGUCCCCCUUGACAAUUCUUGAACAUGACCGAAUCAUUUGGCUUGGAGAUUUGAACUAUAGGAUAGCCCUGCCGUACCGGUUGGCAAAGGCACUCGUUGAGAUGCAAAACUGGAGGGCACUACUGGAAAAAGAUCAACUGAGGAUUGAGCAGAGACGAGGCCGAGUUUUUGUUGGGUGGAAAGAAGGGAAAAUCUAUUUUCCGCCAACGUAUAAAUAUUCUCAUAAUUCAGACAGAUACGCCGGUGACGAUUUGCACCCCAAGGAAAAGCGAAGAACUCCUGCCUGGUGUGACAGAAUAUUGUGGUCUGGUGAUGGGCUCCAGCAAUUAUCAUACACCCGAGGAGAAUCGAGGUUCUCGGAUCAUAGACCCGUUUCUAGCGUCUUCUGGGCUGAAAUCGAGUCGGUCCCCAAUAGAUUGAGAAAAAGCAUGAGUUGCUCGAGCUCCAAAAUAGAGGUGGAGGAGCUUUUACCGUACUCGCAUGGUUUUACCGAACUUAACUUCUUUUGA